AUGACAACCAGUAACAGCAGUAGUAGCAGGACCCAUCAUCAGUUUGAUUACAAUCGAAGAAACUCCAGCUCAGUAGCACCGUACUCUGUACCUAUGAAACAACAACAACAACAACAACAACAACAACCACAACCACAACCACAGAGCUAUUCUUAUUAUACUACUUGCAACAAUAAUUACCAAUACAUCCCAUCUCAAACAAAACAACCUUCUACAAUGGUCCUGCAACCUUACUCAAAUAAUUAUAGUAAUCAACCUUCAUUUCACACAUCACAUGACUCACAUCUGGACCUGUCCUCAAAUAGCCAUAACCAGCAGCACCAGCAGUACACUACACGCGGUGUACCCAACUUUAGCGGAAACAGCCAACCACAUCUUUAUCAUUAUAAUACCCAACAACCUCAGCAGACCCAACAGCCUCAGCAGACCCAACAGCCUCAGCAGACCCAACAGCCUCAGCAGACCCAACAAAACCAACAAAACCAGCAACAAGUCCAACAAGUAGAUCAAGAAGAAUUUUCCCACAACCAACAACAAAAGCACAACCCUGAAGAUCUGUCAGCCAUAGCGUCACCUCCUCUAAAUGGCCAAUCUCCGCCAAAGCUUUCGCGAGAAUUUGUGGUUCGUCGAACCAGUGAAGGAGAAACUGGUCGUGUUAAAGAAGAGUUGAGAUGUGAAGCUUGUGGCAAAGGGUACAAACAUAUAUCAUCACUAGCUAAACAUUUAUGGGAACAUACACCUGAAUGGAAUGUAACCAAGAAAUUGUUAAUUUCAAAACAUCAACAAGUGCAGUUGUUGGAAGCAGCUAGUAUUUUGGUCGGGAUGAAUCAUGAUUUAAAGGGUAAUGGAUAUAAUCGAGGUCAUAAGGGCUACUAUGGAGGCAGCACAUCUAUUCAUGGAGGACCACCACCGUCUUCUUUGAAAUUACUUCAUAAACGAGGUGCUUCUGACCAAUUGGCCAAUCUACCAUCACCAUUCUCACCAACGAGUGAACAUGGCAAUAGCAACGGCAACGGCAUAGGGGGAGGUACUCCUGUGACAUCAUCAGCAAAUGGAAGUGCAAAUGAUGCGAAUAAAUUACUGCUGAUUACAUUCCCAACGACAUCUUCAUCCUCGGCAAUCCAGUCAGAUUCAGAUAAUCAAAGUGAAGGUGAAAUCGAUAAUGAACAUUCAAAACACAAGAAUCGCCACUCGUUUGAGGCCAAUCAUCAAUAUCAAAGUGGCAGUCCUGAGGCCGUCGCGUUUACUAAUCAACAUACUCAAAAUGGCCACAGAGAAUACCAAUUCAAGCCACAUCACCCACAUCAACCAAACACCAAUGCUUCCACCACCGUUCCUGCAUCCCAGUACCCGUUACAAAACGAUAUCAAGCAGCCAACACCUGUAUCUCCCGUUGUUUAUUCUCAGCCUGAAGCAUCGUCGGUGCCAUCGGUUGCAACAGCAGCAUCGACAGGCUCUUCUUCUUCAACACAACCAUCUCAGCCAAGUACAUUGAAUGGCAAUGCAAGAACCCAAUAUUAUGUGACUAAUCAGUAA